AAGGAUGGAGGGGGACUUCACUGGGAAAGAUGUUUACGGGAAGCAUUUUGUUCCAAAAGAUUAUUUAAAAAUGUACUAUUCCUUCAGCAAGGAAGACGGCUCUCAAGAAGAUGCUCUCCUAAAUUUUUAUCUGCAAAAAUUCCACAAAACUUUCACCGUGGAUGGAGUUAAAGGAGACACACUGAUUGAUAUUGGAAGCGGACCCACUAUCCACCAAUUUCUCUCUUCCUGCGGGUCCUUCCAAGAGAUCAUUGCCACAGAUUACACAGACCAGAACAGGGAGGAGAUUAAGAGGUGGUUGAAGAAGGACCCAGAUGCUUUUGAUUGGAGCCAGGCUCUGAAAUACGUGUGUGAGCUGGAGGGAGACAGGGAGAAAUGGGUAGAAAAGGGAGAGAAGGUACGAAGCACCGUCCGGCGAGUGCUGAAAUGUGACGUGACCCAAGUCAAUCCUUUGGCUCCGCUGGUGGUGGCCCAAGCUAGCUGUGUGACUUCUGCAUUUUGCCUGGACUCAGCCUGCAAAGACGUGACUACCUACCGUGCCGCCUUGAGGAACGUUGGCUCCCUUGUAAAGCCCGGGGGGCACCUUGUGCUCCUGGUAGCUCUCGGAGGAAACUUCUACAUGGCUGGCGAGCAAAUGUUCUUCUGCCUUUACCUUGAGAAGGAAACUGUAGACAGUGCAGUGACAGAGGCAGGCUUUGAUAUCUUAUGGUCUGAAGAGGCCAAAAAUAGCUAUUCACCAACAUAUAGUGAUUGUAAGAAUGUCUAUUUCCUAGUUGCCCGGAAACGUAUCAAGGUGUAGGUGCUUGUGGGGAAAUGACAGGAGGCCAAAGGAAAGCAAUAAUCUUACAAUGUCCAUACAUAGUCACACAUGCAGGUCAGUGUGAGGACAGCUAUACAUCUCUAUCUCUAUCUUUCCAAGAUCAAAUCAGAAACUAAGAUGACUUCUGUAAAUCUGGGACUGUCCCUGUCUCUCUCUCUCUCUCUCUCUCUCUCUCUCUCUCUCUCUCUCUCUCACCCCACACCCCCACACAAACAAAUAACCUUGGGAAUUCCACUACCUGAUCACCACAUAGGCCUGCCUCUCAUGACACAGUCAUCCAAACUACAGCUUAAGAACUUAAGAAGAACCCUGCAGGAUCAGGCCAAUGGCCUACUACUCCAGCAUCCUGUUCUCACCUUGCCCCCCC